UCGUGCGCUGCCGCCGAGAUGAAAAUUUGACAAGGGAAGGCGUAACCGACACAAGCAACACGCCUGCACACACCAUCCUGUGACCUCCCGGUGCUCGUUCUCUUGGUCGGAUAGAGACUGCUUCAUCCUCGACUGCGCAGGACACAGGGCCUCUUGCCUGGUGCAAUCAACACGCCUCGCUGCUCCGUGUUUGAUCGAAAAGGAAACCAAGCGACCUCGUGGCAACACGGAGGUCACGAGUGCGAGACUCGCUGGGCAACUCGUUGCAUCUUUUGGUCCUACGGCAUCUGAGUACUAAACAGGCUUCUUCCCACAUUCAUCUACUGCGCGAUUCGCACUUGUCAGCAAAACGACGCGACACACUUAAGCUUUUUGCUUCCCGCAAUACUCUCUUGCUGAGCAAGUCAUUCUUCUAUAUCGGUUGGGCAACAGUCUCAUUAGGCCUGAACCUCGCUGGCUUCUGCGGCCUAUGCCUCAGCAUGCAGUCAAGAAGCAGAACUUGGCUCGACCCAGGCAGCGCUUAGCAAAUACCAACAGCAACAGCAGCAGCAAUGGAAGCGCCGGCUCUGGACAGCAUACACACAAGAAACAUGGUGCUACUACAACAGAGGCAUCUGCUAUUGAUCAGCUUGGCAUUCAUCCACCAGCAGUUGAGGCUCAUAUGAACCUCUGCAGCUGCCACAAGCACUAUGCCAACGCGGACGUUCCCUUCGUUGCGAAGCAGCAGGUCAAAAGCAACGGUGAUGUGGUGCAUGCUGAACAGGUACCCGAAGCGGAGACGAUGCAACUAUCCUUCAAAGAUCCCUCGCAUCAGGAAUUCGUUCUGCCCACAUACCCGGUGGCCGACACGCUUGCGCUCGUCCUCAUCCUCAUCAAUUUCCCAAAUGUCCUCGUCAUGGUGACUCACCUCAUGUUCUCCUACAAAGAACACGUUUCGGCUGCGUCAUCUAGUCUGGCCUCGCCGCCCCUGUUCAUGAUUCUGUUUGUUGAUGCCAUCGUCGUAUUGUUUACGGCUGUCAUUUUGCCCUCGCUGCGAAGCACCAUCACCGAUAUCUCCCAUGUCAUUAUCGCCAUCAGCAUGUCAGGCGCCAAGUGGCGCUACACUUUCCCAUUUGCAGCUGCAUUAACUUCGAUGCGGGUUGCCUUGAACAAGUUGGCCAAUUUAGGUCGGCUACAAGACUGGAACAUGGAGGAAAGCAGCUGGCUGCAGUCUGCAUGGCAUCGUUUCGGCUCACAACUCUUGAGGCCUUUGCGAGGACUCGUUGCGAAUCCACCAGAAUUGUCGAGUAGCUACACGCUCUCUGAUACCGUCAUGGGCAGCGUCAAGUCGGCUGUGGCGAUCCACGUCUUUUCAUUGGGGUUGAUUCGGCUUGUCAAGUAUUGGAUCCAGUCUUCUCAUGCUUCAUCUGUACCGCCAUCCAAACGGGAUGAAAGCGGUAGCAAGAAGAAACGGCACCAGCAACAGCAGCAACAAGCCAUCACAGCCGAGUUGAAGAUGGACGCACGGCAACCCUCUAUCUGGGAUCAAUUUUUGAAUUGGCGUAUUGAUACAAUGAAUAAACGACAGGGCGAUCCACCGCUGAACGUAGGCCCACCCAGUGCGUGGGUGGCAGAGAUUACGCCCUGGUAUGUCUCUCUUUGUGUAUCGACUGGAUCGACAGAGUCGCCGCAACUCACCAUGCAAGUCAACGGCCUGCCAUGGGACGCAAAACCCAUCGCGAGCUCCGACAAUACUGAAACGACCUGGUCCCUGUUUGUUGAGAACUUGUCGCCCAAGACAGAAUACGACAUUGCGCUUGAGUUCACUGAACCAAACCUCGGUCGUUACCACUUUGCAAUCUGUACAAGCUCACGCGAUGCUCACCAGCCUCGUCGUUUACGUGGCGAUUCUUCGCUUCCUGCCAUCAACACCAAUCUACAAAAUGCAACGAUUGCAGCGACUGUCACGACUGGGCAAGGCAAUACUCCCGAAGAGCCUGUCUUGUCCACCGACAACACGGCUCAUCCGAAUGGUCCCUUGUCUCCCAUCACGACACUAGAGGACUCUAUUGCCAUUGCUGCCGCCAAGCUGGAGGAGAAGCGAGCUGCUCUGAAGCGUACACGAAAGGAGAAUACCAAGCGUUUGCAGCUUCUCCAGCGUGAAGUGGAUCACUUGGCUCAGCGGACAACAGGCACUGACAAGACGGAGAUGCGCAUGCAAGGUCGAAUGCUUUCUUUGCAAAAUGAAGUGAAACGCAUUCAAGAGUCGAUUGAUGAGAUGGAGGCGGAACGCCAGCAGCUUGUUUCUGAGCAUGAGCAGCAGGCGCGUCGAUGGCAAUCCGAGCACGACAAGGCAAUGCAUGAAGCUGCUUUGUUGCAGGCUGCCAAGCAUGCCUUUGAGGAGACGAAAGCUGCACACGAGCGUCGUUUUGCAACGGCUGAGCAGGAUGCAGCCAAAACGCGUGCCAAGGCCGAUAAGCUCUCUCUUCGGCGAACCAAGAUUCAACAAGAUCUUGACAGACUUGCAACAGAGCACGAGGACCUCUUGUUGAAGGAGUACCAAGAUCGACGCAUGGAGCGAGAGCAGGUGCGAGACAUGCGGCUGCAGGCUGAAGCUGAUUUGCUCAAGUCGUUGCAUGAGAUGCAGCAGCAGGCGGAUCUUUUGCAGACGUAUACAGGCACUGUUCCUGCUGGAGUUCUUAAUUAGCUUCGCUGAUCUAUCUACAGCAAAAGACGCUGAACUUCUAGUGGCUUGAUGUUUCCUUGGUGCACAUGAAUUGGUGACCUUUGUAGACCAGCGCUGGCAGACCUUCUUCUGUCAGAUCUCUGGUCACAUCGACUCGCGCUACG